CUGCUUAUGAAGGUGGACACUGGCUCAAAUCUUAACGCCCAACUCAUCCUACGCGGCAGGAACUUGAGAUCAUGGCCAAUGGAUCGCCCUGUACUAAGCUAUUCUAUAUUAAUAGCACCCAAAGACUGCUUGCUAUCCUGCUAUCUCGUUGGAUGUAAUGAGUAUAGGACAAUGUCUUGCCGCUGACUGAAGCAUAAAGACCGAGUCGCUGCUCAAUCAAAGCUGAAUAUCGCUAUGUCGACAGUUAAUCUUGUCAAAUACUAUUUCCACAAGUCUAUGUACCCUCAGAGUGAGGAACGACUGCGCAAAAUGAUUGCUCUGGCCUACCAAACGGCUAGGGACAGGAAGAUUUACCCAAAGGCAGUGUUUAUAAGGUCUGAAGUUCAUGACACCACGAGCAUCAAUGGCAAACGGCAGAAAGAUCCUCUAGGAGCUCAUAUCACCCUGUGUUACAAAGAUGAAGACCAACUUCGUCGUGGCACCCAUGUUGCUAGUCACGGCUACGUGAAGGAUGGAUCUACUCUGGAAUUUGUCCAGGCCACACACCACGCUGAAAAGCCAGAUUCGACAAAGAAGAGAAAUCGUGAAGACGUGUGGCCAUCGGAGGAUAGUCUUGCAAUUGCGCCGGAGAUCGGAUACGGACACUUCCUCGAGGAAUAGCAAAGUUAAUGUGUGAUGUAUUGAGUCACGGACACAGUCAGAGGUUAUUGUCGAGUACUACCAUCACAAGCAACGCGACCACCAUCCCUUUCGCUGGGGUUUCGAUAGCGUUUAGGCGAGCUAGAUAGCGGGAGGUUGAUUCCCCCCCUUCCUCGAGCCUCCCUAAGCAUAACUAAAUUUAGUUUAAAUUCAUUCUGGGAGCUUGAUAAACUAAUUGCCCGCGCACCUUUAUCUUUACAUGCUUAGGGCACCUUCGAAUAGCCAGGAAAGAAAUUGCACACA